CUGCCAAAUCACCCCUCGGCACCAUCUAAUGCCAUUCAUUCUCAUUGGGGUUUGUUUACUUACUUGCUUCAAAAUGGGUCAUUAUUAAAAUUAACAACAUUAUGUAAAUAAUUUGCACUCUCUUCUUCGUCGAGAAUAGGAGAGGUCUCAGUGACGAGAUUUCCAACAUGAGAAGAAGAGGGUUGCAAUGGACUGGACUGCUGUCGCGGUGUUUGUAUAGUAGACCUGCUGCACAUCAGUUGAAGGCAAAUGAGUCUUGGACUUGGGGGUUUGUGGAGGGUUUGCGGAAUCGUUCGACGCAUGGGGGUUGUUUCCAGAGACAAUGGGUGCGAUACUAUGACGAAGCUUACCGGAACGAGUUUUUGCGUCAUAAAUCGCAGCAGAACACAGUGCCUCCGCUGUUUCCCUUCACCGCUCGACCCUAUGCAGAAGAAAUCCAGAAGAAACGGUACAGAGCUUCGAAUAGAAAAAGUCGAAGUGGAAGUUCGGGAGUUGCCUCUUCUGGGUUCUUCAGCAGAGUUCUCCGAGGGCUGAUGAAGUUCGUUGGUGGAGUUGUGGCAAUCACAGGCGCGGCUGUUGCCGGCGCUCCUUACCUUAUCUCUCGGCCAUUUGGUCUUCAUACUCUCUUGUUUGUAAUCAACUCUAGUAUUCCAGGCACGCUGUCAGUGGAAUCCGUCUCGCUUGGAUGGAAUAAACCAAUUCACAUAGAAGGUGUCAUCCUUAAAGGGCCCAACUCAAGUGCCGUUUUGUUGAUUCCUGAGUACAAGACUAAUGCGCAUCUGUGGACUUUGGUUGUCGGCAGAGCAGGGUUAGGAGAUGCUGUGGUGCUCCAACCUACACUUGAUAUGCGAAACGAUCCAGAAUCGGGUCAUCCAUACUAUGACCUUGCUGUGACGUCCGUCGAUAAACUUAACGUCAGCAAUCCUUACGUAAAGAAAAAGUUUAAAGUUCUCCCUUCUGAAGUCGUGUCAUGGACUGCAAAAAUGCGAGCUCCAGAAGGAGGCCUUGAGGUACUCAAUGGCAAGGUCAUCUUACCUGGAGAUUUAGCCGCAGUUCUUGGAGCUCAUCUCUACUUUGAUAUCGCGUUUGGGAGCUACGCAACUGAAAUGAAUCCAUCUCUAUGGAAGGCAAAUGGAGAACUUUCUGGCCGCACACCCAUACGCUGCUCCUUGUGUUCAAAUUGUGCACACUUGGAAGCACUGGCAUAUCUGAAUUUGAGAAGGAAGAGAAUGGAGCUUCUUCAACCCAUACUAGCGGAGAUGGAUUUGUCACCAGCUCUCGCAAAGUUUUACUUGGCUCAGAUCAAUCCAAUAUUGGGUCAGAUUGUCGGACCCUCUUUUGGACGAGAGGAUCUGCCCGAUGUAAGUAUGAGUUUGAAGCCUACUGACAUGAUGUGGCCUACGACGGAGUAUUUGAUUCGUAUCGAGCCGAUGAAAGUGGUUUUAGCGAAAGGGCCACUGUUGCAUGACUUGUUAUCGUUGCUGACUCGAGGAGAUUUAGAGAAGGGAGAUUGAAAAAUUAUGAUGCAGACCUCAGCUAUUGAGGCAAACGUUCACGUGGGAGGCAAACUUACUUGCUCUCGAGUGGAUCUUCUAAUAGCGGAUAAGAUUCAUGUGGCAACGUGGGGGCAAAUGGACCAUGUACAUGAGACCAUGAAGAUGACACUUGCGAUUCCUGGAAAGUCGCUAAGGGACUUUGUGGGUCUCACCAUGAUUACUCCUGAUUACCAUCUGCAGAUCCCAAUUCAUGGGACAUUUGACCGGCCUCAAGUUGAUUGGGUUUCGGCUGCCAGAAGGAUCACGCAGCUCACUGUGCAGGAGAAGCUGGGGAGUAAUUUGUUAUCAACUUUUCUUGAACAGUUUGACAUAGAAACGACUGUGGUUCCCAAACCUACUGGCGACUUGCCGUGGGCCAGAGAGUAAUGUAUAACAAAGGAGCCUACUCUACUUUGGUCACGAAGAGCAUGUGUAAAGCUGGAGAGUAAAAACUAACACAUCCUGUACACCGGCCUAUCGUGCCAACGAUGACUUCUCAGAACAGGACUUGAACAAAUGUGGAAAAAGAAAUUCUAUCGUCAGGAGUACCGUUGAGCGUUUUCAUCUUGACAUCAAAUUGUUAGAGAAUCCGGAAUUAUUGAAAAGUGUGCAUUUGAGGGUAUGAUGAAGUUGGCAUAUACCUGAGUUGCAGAUACAAGAUAGCAUACAAUAAACUAUCGCUUCUCCCAAUUUUACAGCAUGCUAGGACAGAAGUGAAUGUGAAUCAUCAAUAACAUUGUUAACUUACACAUUCUGAAUUCUAGAAUCUGUGGGUCCAAGAAGAGGCGACCAAGUACUGGGGAGCCAUAGACGUCCUGGAGCAACGGAAUGGAGAAAUCUGGUUACAGUUAAAGAAGAUCCGGGAGUAGAUGUGUAGUAAGUUUUUGCGUUUUUGCCUUUAAGAGUGUGAGUUGGAUAUUGUUUUUGCAAAAUCUAAUUGCUACUUAUUGGAGAAGUUUACAAGAAAGAGUAAACAAUAGUAGAGAAAGAAGAUUCACUAAUAUCCCUCAAUAUUUAAAUAGAAUGAUGAUCCCAAUCAAUUUAGGAGAAGAAUAGAUUUUAUCAAAGAGCCACAUUCACAAUUUCAAUAGAUUUUUAAUGCACAAAAUUGGAAAGAGGUAGUAAUGCAUUUAGAGUUUAUUUUUUUGGUA